CAUAUACCAUGGACCUUCGAUAAGACCGACAUCUCCUGACCGCCGCAGAGACUAUGCCUCGCCAACGAAGAGGAACCGCGUCAUCGUCCAAUACAGUCAACAACGAGAUCCCCAGCAGCAGCCAUGGCCCACAGGAACUGGGCUCCAUGUAUGAUUAUCUCGCCAAAAUCAUACUCCUAGGUCCCUCCAACAGCGGCAAAUCUUGUCUCUUACACCGCUUCGUCAAAUCCGAAUGGCGCAUUCUAUCCUCUCAAACAAUCGGCGUGGAAUUCGCGAGCAAGAUUGUCAAAGUCGGAGACUUGGGAGCCACAAAUGGCACGUACCGCGGAGGGAGAGACGCUGUCACUCCCAGAAGGAAAAGGAUCAAGCUACAAUUAUGGGACACCGCAGGUACCGAGAGGUUUCGCAGCGUGAGCAGAUCAUACUAUCGAGGUGCGGCGGGCGCUAUUUUGGUAUAUGAUAUGAGCAAUCCGGAGUCAUUCCGUGGGCUGGGAGAAUUUUUGCACGAUGCAAGGGCGAUGGGAAGUCCGCAGUUGAGUGUGGUGUUGGUGGGGAACAAGAAAGAUUUGAAAGAGGAUCCGGAGUUGGCGAUGAGAGAAGUGCAGCAGCAACAGGAAAAUAGUCUGCUGGAUGGAGAUAUCUUUGGGAGUAUGAGUAGUCGGACUGGGACUAUUGGACCAGGAAUCGGUCUGGGCAGUCAGCAAAGAGCAACUGUUGCGCAGACUGAUAGUGAGGGAGGUGCCAUCAGCACCAGCGUCGCGGCGAACUGGGCGAGCCACCACCGUAUACCUGCUGCUCUGGAAGUGAGUGCAUUGUCAGGAGAUGGCGUGGAAGAAGCUUUCAACAAACUUGCACAAAUCAUCUUGACGAAGAUUGAGCUCGGACAGAUUGAUCCAGACGAUCCUAUGAGCGGAAUACAGUACGGUGAUGCGGAUUACUCCAGAUUUGACGAUGGAUCAAGCAGUAUCAAGUGUGACGGGCUCACGAGUGACGGCUAUGUUCGCAGUACAGGACGAAGAAGACGGAACCGUGGCGUAUUAGGGUUUGCUGGAGGGGGAGGAAAGUGUUGUUGACGAUUGGAUCGUGCAGCGUUUGUGAGCGAGAAAGACAUUUUCACUACCUACCUUAUGAGUUGACUUCGCAUAGCGAGCGUGCUUUGUACUGGUUUGAAGCGGCAAAGAUACCCCAUCAUUCGCUUGGACACAGUGAGAGCAAACAGAAUGCUGCCACAGCGGAUAUGUAGAUACGUCUAAUCUUAAUGU